GCUGACAGAGUGAGAGGUCUGUGCUGGAGAGCCUCUGUGCAGCGCAGAGAGGACAGGUGUUGAGCUGCUGCUGUCAUCACCUGUCUGGUUCCUGCGCCACUGCAGCACCUGAACGCACCUCUGUGUUCUCUGCUUUAAGCUGCUAUUAUCAUCACUAUCAUCAUUAUCAUCAUUAUCAUCAUUAUUAUUAUCACCAUUGUUAUUAUCACCAUUAUCACCAUUGUCACCAUUAGUACUUUAUAAAGAUGCCGGUUCAGAUCCCGGACGACUCGGACUUCUCCUCGUUUAAGGACCAGUGUCUGAGCAGCGACGGCUGGACCAGCAGGUACAACAAGGGGGGGGUGACGGUGUGGUGCCGCGAGGAGGAGAGCCGGACCGUCCAGAAACUCAAGAUGAGGAUAGUGUGUAAGGACGUGACGGCAGAGACGCUGUAUGACGUCCUCCAUGACACCAGCUACCGAAAGAAGUGGGACAGCAACAUGAUCGACACGUACGACAUCGGCCGGCUGACGGCCAACGCAGACGUUGGAUAUUACUCCUGGAAAUGUCCGAGCCCUCUCAAGAACAGAGACUUUGUGACCAUGAGGUCUUGGCUUCCUCUCGGCAGCGACUACCUGAUCAUCAACUACUCCGUCAAACAUCCGCAACAUCCUCCCAAGAAGGACUACGUCCGAGCCGUGUCCCUGCUGACCGGAUACCUGAUCCAGUCCAAUGGGGCCAGCUGCUCCACCCUCUACUACCUGACCCAGAUGGACCCGCGAGGCUCGUUACCAAAGUGGGUGGUGAACCGGGUCUCUCAGUUUGUGGCUCCGAAGGCCAUGAGGAAGAUCUACAAGGCGUCCCUGAAGUACCCGGACUGGAAGAGGAAGCACAACCCGGGCCUGAAGCCCUGGAUGUUCCCGGAGCAGAACUCUCUGCCGUGCAUCAGCGUGUCGGAGCUGAACGUCCAGAGAGCCGACUCUCUGGAGAACAUCGACGAGAGCGGCCUGAGCGAGGACAAAACGCACCACAGCGAGGACGAGGAGACUUAGGAGGACCGAGGACCGCCGGGCCCACUUCCUGUUUGUCCCUUUGUUUGUUUGUCCGGCUGACGAGAGCCCGCGGACUGGUUCUUCUUCUUCUGUGGUUUUACACCGACGUGCUCAGUGUUACUCCAUUAUUCAGAUCAAUAAAGACACCUGGACAGGUGA